GUGUUUGAUAUUUACUCCCCAACAAAAUGAUGUUCCUCAAGCUUAAGUGCGCGAAACCCCGCCACCUCUGCGAGCUUCUUAAACGAUUCUCCUUCGGCGCCGUUUCCUUUGACGUGCACAGCUUAGCCGACUUCCUCGACGCUUGCAUGUACGACGUGGCGGCCGCCCAUGCCUGCCUUCUGAAGUCCCAUGGCUUGGCCAGUUGUUCCGCACCGUGGAACAAAAUCCUCGAUCUUUACUGCAGAAGCGGCCUAUUUCGACGAGCUCAGCAGCUGUUCGACGUAAUUCCCAGCAGAGACGUCGUCUCUUAUAACACGCUGAUCUCUGCUCACGUUCGCCAGGGUCAUGCUACCUUUGAGUCUCUGCGACUCUAUACUCGGAUGCUGUGCGAGAACAUCAAGCCCGACAACGUCACCCUAUCGAUGUUGCUCGCCACUUCGAGUAUGUUGGUGGAGCAAAUCCACUCCCAUUCGACCAAGAUGGGUCUCAACUCGAAUGCUUUCGUUGGGGGAGCCUUGGUCAGCGGCUACGAGAGAUGUCGAGGGCUGGAGGAAGCAAUCCGCACAUUUGAGGAGAUCGAGGAGAUGGAUGUGGUCUCCUGGAACAUACUGAUUGAUGUGUGCGCUCGGAGAGGGAGCAAGCGGCAUGCCGUGGACAUGUUCUGCCGGAUGCGCAAGGAGGGUGGUGGUGCCCUUGAUUGCUUCACCUUGACGAGCGUCUUGAAGACAUGCUCGGAGAGAGGGGAUCUGAGCCUUGGUAUGCAGCUCCAUGGGUGUUCCUGGAAGGCUGGCUUGGUGCGUGAUACCCCGAUUGGGAAUGCUCUUAUUACUAUGUAUAUGAAAUGUGGAGGAGGAUUGGAUUCUGCAGUUGAAGUCUUCCAGACAAUUUUGGACCCGAAUAUUAUUUCGUGGACUGCGAUAAUUGCUGGAUUAGUGCAGAAUGGGCUGGCCAAAGAAGCAGCGGGCUUUUACUGUGAAAUGGUGUAUGUAGGCAUGAUGGAGAAUGAAUUUUGCUUUACUAGUGUAUUACCUGCUUUCAGUAUGUUGGUGAGCCUUGAUCAUGGGAGAAUGAUCCACUCAAGAAUCAUUAAGUCGGGGUUCUGUUGCGAUGUAAUGGUGGGAAAUGCACUGAUCGAUAUGUACUUCAAGUGUGGUAGUGCAGAAGAUGCUCAAAUGGCUUUUGAGACCAUGAGAAACCGUGACACAGUGUCAUGGACCAUUACGAUUCUGGGAUUUGGUCAGCAUGGAAAAGGAGAGGAAGCUCUUCAAAUCUUCAGAGCACUUGAAAGAAGUGGCACCAGCCCUGAUUCGGUUACUUUUCUUGCACUUUUAUCCACAUGCAGUCAUGGAGGUCUUGUGGAGGAGGGGAUUAAGAUCUUUCACUCUAUGGUUAAUGAUUACAACAUCAAGCCAAAGAGGGAGCAUUGUGCUUGUGUAAUUGAUAUGCUGGGUCGUGCUGGUAAAUUGAGUGAAGCUGAGAAGUUCAUCCAGGAGAUGGGUAUAGAAAGGGAUCCAUUGGCAUGGGAAUCUCUUCUUCGAACUUGUGCGAUACAUGGAGCAACUGAACUGGGAGAGAGAUCAGCUGAGAAGGUUAUGGAAUUGGAACCACAUAAAGAUGGUCCGUAUGUCUUGCUAUCAAAUAUCUAUGCUGAACAAAAAAUGUGGGAGGAAAAGGUGAAAUUGAGAGGAAGAUUGGAUGCUAGUAUGUUGGCAAAAAAUGUAGGAUACAGCUGGUCUUCAGGUUUUAAAGUAUGAAAAUUCUAAGUUGAUAUUCAUCAAUGGCAACACUUCAACUAAUUCAGGAUAGUGUUUCUAUAAAGGCUUCAUUGAUCAUGCAAAUUAUCCCUUCAUGUGAUGUGCAACAUAUCCUGCUGUCCUUUCUGGAAUCAACUGGUGCUUAAACAUAAACUUAGUUAUCAGCAUGUGAACCUGAUUUAAGAUGCAGCAGGAUGACAGCUCUUUAUCUUCCAAAUCAGGGGAGAUUUUUUUGCUUAGUGCAUAUCCAAUAUCUAACUCUAUUACUCAUGACCGCAGAUGGUAUCAGUCACAUCAAAGGUACAGACACUUACCUUGGAGUUCAAUUUAGUGUUUUCUUCAUCCUGGUGCUAAUGGGAGACAAUUUCUA